AUGUUCCGCCCGGCCGAGGAUCACAUGCAGCGCAUGGCGGGCUACCACAUGCAGCGUGGUGCCGUACAUGAUAUGGGCAUGAUCCUCCGCAUGGAAGAAGAGCAGUCGCUCAUGAGGCAGAUGCAGGAGAUGGAGAUGAUGCAGAUGCAGGCCAUGGGCGGCAUGCCCCCUUAUGGGAACGGGCAGUGGGUCCCCCCGCCGCAACAGCAGCAAAGCGCGGGCAGCUUAGCGGGACCCACUGGAUCUGCGAGUGUGCCUAAUGCUAUACCGAGCUCGGCUGUCCAGCCUCCAGCGGCCGGCGCUGGCAACGCGUCCAUCCCUCCUCAACGAGCGGCGAAUCCGACGAUCAAAGGCGAUGCGAACAGCCAGUCUCCGUCUACCACUGCUGCCAGUCGCGGCCUUGGACUUGAUGAUGUGCCAUCUCCGCUGGGAACUUCCUCCACCCACGCGCCGAAAGGCCUCUACAGCACGACGCCGUCCAUGAAUAAUGCCAAUGGUCCCGCCGCGGCGCAAGAUACAAUGUACAAUGUCAGCAGCAUGUACGGUGGCGACCCCAGCGCCUAUGCUCCGGCGUUCACGGGCGGCGGCCUCAACGAGAAUGGCACCAGCGCUGUCGGCUACUCCAUGUACGACGCAAACAACGCCAGCAGCAUGUACCAGCAGCCAUCGCCGUCUUCGGGUGCGACUAACGCGAGUGACGCGAAGGCCGCGCCUGCUGCUGACGCUCCCGCUCCUGGCAACGCUUCGAAGGCAGUCACACCGGCGCUGCAGCGCAAGUCGUCGGCCACUUCCCUCGGAAAGAAGAACUCCACAGCCAGCAUGAACCGGAGCGACACAACCUCCAACUCGACGACGCACCGCAGCCGCGAGAUUCGCCAGAAGAACAGCGAGCUGAAGCGGCAGAACUCGAGUGGUGCCAUCAACGGCGGCUCCUCCAGCCGCCCCGCCUCCGCAGAAAAGAAGCGCUCGUCCUCAAGGCACAAGAACAAGUGCCCGUCUUCCCCGUCCUCCUCCAAGGACAAGAAUACGCGCCCGGCGUUCGCAUCGUCCUCUGCCAGGGAAAACGGCAAGAAGCACCACUAG